GCGGACUGUGUCCUCUUCUUUCAGUGCUGGAGCGGAUCUGCUAGAGUUUGCCAGUGAGCUACGCUCAGUCUCUUUCAUUCUUUUUUUCGGUACAUUUUUGGUAGAUUUUAUAUCAUCUCAUCAAUCACGAUGCUGAGCACAGUCAGCCGUCAACUCAGAAGCCACCCUGCCUUGAUCCCACUGUUUAUUUUCAUUGGCGGUGGAUGCACCAUGUCUCUGACAUAUCUGGGUCGCCUGGCCUUGCGUAACCCAGAUGUCUGCUGGGACAAAAAGAACAACCCAGAGCCCUGGAAUAAACUGGGGCCCAAUGAUCAGUACAAGUUCUAUGCAGUGAACAUGGACUACAGCAAGCUGAAGAAGGACCGUCCUGACUUCUAAACGAAUCACAACAUCUAGUGCUGGACCAAAGGUUUAAAAACAAACUAAAGAACAACAAGAUGUCCGCACACUUCUCCUAAUUUAUGCAAAGAGACUAAAUUGCACAAUCUUGGCUUUGCUUUCCUGAAUCCCUUUGUAACAUCUAUGAUGUCUCUUGUAUUUUCUCUCAAGAGUCAAAAAUGAUUAGUAAAGGGUUUUAUCCGACAUACAGUGAAUAACCA